AGUCCGCUUUUUUCUCCAUUGCCAUUUUGUUCUCUUUUACUUUAUUGGCAUCUUGUCCAUUUUUCCUUUUUUGUUAUUUUGUCCAUUUUACCUUAUUGGCAUUUUGUCCAAUUUAACUUCAUGGGCAUUUUGUCCCAUUCAUUAUCGUUUGUUACCCUUUUUUUCUAUUACCAUUAUGUAAUCUUCGUGAUUGGCAUUUUGUCUCUUUUUUACUUCAUGGGCAUUUUGUUCCAACUUCCUUCAUUAUCAUUUGUUACCCUUUUUUUCUAUUACCAUUAUGUAAUCUUCGUGAUUGGCAUUUUGUCCCUUUUUCACUUUAUGGACAUUUUGUACCCUUUUAUUUUAUGGGCAUUUUGUCUCUUUUACUUCAUGGGCAUUUUGUCCCUUUUACUUCAUGGGCAUUUUGUCUUGUCGGCUGUCAUUUAA